GUAUAUUCUCCCAAGCUUAUUUAGCUAGCCAUGGUUCUUGAGAAGAAGCUGGUUGAGGAGGUCGCCUGCUGGCUCAAGCUCUACGACGAUGGCUCCGUCGACCGGACGUGGAGCGGACCACCGGAGGCCAAGUUCAUGGCUCAGCCUAUCCAACCCCAUGAGGAGUUCAUUGAUGGGGUUGCCGUCCGCGACCUGACUAUUAACGCAGACUCUGACCUGGCCAUCCGAAUUUAUAAGCCAGAGAAAAAAGCUGAAGACCUGGAGAAAUUCCCCAUCUUAGUUCAUUUUCAUGGUGGUGGCUUCUGCAUUAGUGAGCCAGAAUGGUUUAUGUACUACAACAUUUACACACGCCUUGUGCGCACUGCGCGAGCCGUGUGUGUCUCCGUCAAGAUGAGACGCGCCCCCGAGCACAGGCUCCCGGCAGCCUGCGAUGACUGUUACUCUGUCCUCCUGUGGCUUCAGGCUGUGGCUCGGGGCAAAUUGUCAGAGCCGUGGCUCGAAGCUGAAGCAGACUUCAAGAGAGUCUUUUUCAUAGGCGACAGCUCUGGAGGGAACCUGGUGCACGAGGUGGCUGCUCGGGCAGGAAACGAAGAGAUAGAGCCACUGCAGCUUGCCGGAGGUAUACCCAUACACCCAGGUUUCAUCCGAGCUGAGCGUAGCAGAUCGGAAUUGGAGAAUGAAUCUGACUCGCCAUUCCUGACACUGGAAAUGGUUGACAAAUUCAUGUUUUUUGCAUUACCGGUUGGCAGCACAAAGGAUCACCCAAUUACAUGCCCGAUGGGGUCUGCAGCUCCGCCUCUGUCGGGGCUGAAGCUGCCGCCGUUCCUUCUUGUGGUGGCGGAGAAAGACCUGAUUCGGGACACAGAGAUGGAGUAUUACGAGGCGAUGAAGAAGGCGGGCAAGGACAUAGAGUUGCUGAUCAAUACUGGGAUGGGCCACUCUUUCUACCUCAACAAAAUUGCCAUCGACGCAGACCCAAACACAGCUUCGCAGACGGAGCAUUUGAUCACAGAGAUCACCAACUUCAUUAAGAGGCACUGAUUGAGGGCCUGUAGCUUGUUCAAGGGUUACAUGGAGAGAGUUCUGUUUCAGUUUUAGCUUUUAUUAGUUUUUGUUUGUUCCAGUUAUGUCCAAUGUACUUCUCCCCUCCAGUCUUCUUGAUCGUAUAAUUAAGUCGUUGAUGCAAAUCAAA